UUUGUUACACUUACAUUUUCGCUUUCGUUUUGUUACUGUUAACUAAUAUUUAAAAUGAAUAAAAAAAUAUUUUCAAGUAUAAAAUCAUUAACCCUUGCAAAUAAGGAUAGUUUUGGAAAUAAUUUUAGCCCAAGAAAUUUUAUAUUAUCGGUACGACAAUAUUAUUUACUGGAUCUUAUCAAACGACAUCAUAAAUUUCUCUUGAAAAAGCAAAAUCCAUCUUGUGAAAAAGUGCAUAAAAAAGAACAUAAAGAUUUGGAAAGUUUUUUAUUAAUAAAAGAUAUAAAUACUGAAUCAUCUGUAUAUAAAGGUACAUUAUAUGAAUAUGAAACGAUUUCAUGCUUACAAAAAAAUUUUGGUAUGAUAACAAGUAGAGUGGGAGGAGCAAGUGAUUCUGGAAUAGAUUUUAGAGGUGGGUGGAAUUUACCAAAUGGACAAAAGUUAAAAUUAGUAGGUCAAUGUAAAAAUUACUCAAAUAAAUGUCCUCCAAGUUCUGUUAGAGAAUUAGAAGGAGUAGUUUCGGGAUUGACAUCAGAGAAUACUUUUGGUAUAUUAUCUUCAAAAUCUGGUUUUAGUGAUGAAGCAAUCAACAGAUUUAAGGCUUCUGUUUGUCCAUUAAUUAUGGUUUCUGUAAUAAAUAAUGGUAAAAAAUGUAAAAGUUUUGUGUGGAAUAAAUCUUGUGAAAAAUUUUUGGAUGGUUUAGAUGUUACCAUGAAAUUUUCUAAAAGUGAUGUAUGUGAUGAUAUUCUGGAAAGAGAACCUAUAUUAUUAUAUAAUGGUAAACCUUUUAAUGAGAAAUAUUGGGAUACGGAAAAUAGUAAUGAAGAAGAAACUGAAAAAACAAAGUGAUACUUGACGAUAUAAGGGAACAUGUGAGCACGCAUUUGAUUUUUACCUCCAAAACAGUUUAACUUGCUUUUAAGACUUCUUCAUGUGAAUUUGCUCAUAGAAAUUAGUUUUAUUAAAAAAUUAAUUAUCUUGACGUUUUUCAUUUGUUUGUUUCACAAAUUUUUCUGUCAGAUCGAAAUCUUAAA